AUGGCCGUCAGAGACCAGGGGACGAGGCGACCUGGCACGCAGUUCCAGCCUACAGACAACCGACCAUGGUGGAGGGUAUCCCACCUCCGGAAACUCAACCUUUUAAUCAUGGGCAUGCUGCUCUUUUCAAGCACAGUCGGCUAUGACACCUCCCUUAUGAAUGGCCUUCAAUCCCUCAACGAAUGGCAAAGAUUCAUGGGCCACCCGACAGGCGCCUGGCUUGGAUUCGUCAGUGCCGUUCAAUCCCUAGGCUCCAUGCUCGGACUUCCCUCGCAAGCCUGGGCGGCGAAUAAAUUCGGACGCAAGCCGUGCAUCUUCGUUGGGUAUAUCUUGAUCAUUCUUGGGGUGGGCAUCCAGACUGGCGCCCGCAAUCCUGCCAUGUUCAUCGCCUCGCGUUUCAUCGUGGGCUGGUCGGGGGCCUGGUUCCAAGCUGCUGCUAUCAUCGUUACUGAGCUGGCAUAUCCCACACAUCGGUCGAAGUUAUCGGCCAUGUACCAAUGCCAGUACUACAUUGGAUCUACCCUAGCGGCAUGGGUGGUUUUCGGAACACGCAAUAUGUUGUCUUCCUGGUCGUGGAGAAUCCCUGUCCUGCUGCAGAUCGGGUUCCCCGUUUUCGCUCUCCCCAUGGCAUGGUGGUGUCCUGAGUCACCGCGUUGGCUCAUUGAUAACAACCAACUAGAAAAGGCUCGAGAUAUUCUAGCAAAAUACCACGCCGGAGGAGACAUGACCGCCGAAGUAGUUCAGUUCCAGCUCGACGAGAUUUCCGCCUCCAUCGCAGCUGAAAAAGAAGCCACCAUUUCGUCUCGCUGGAUCGACAUGCUCAAGACCAGCGGCAAUCGACACCGAUUCAUCAUCAGCGUGACGCUUGGUAUCUUCUCGCAGUGGAACGGAGUCGGCAUCGUCUCCUAUUACCUCACGCUCAUCCUCCGCACCAUCGGCAUCACAUCCGUAACCCAACAAACGCUCAUCAACGGCUUCCUCCAAGUCUGGAAUCUGAUAAUGGCCGUCUUCGGCUCCCUCCUCGUCGACUACGCCGGGCGUCGAAAGCUCUUCAUCCUCUCCACCUGCAUCAUGCUCGUCAGCUACAUAAUCAUCACCGGGCUAUCCGGCAGCUUCGCCUCAAGCCCGAUCCCCGCCGUCGGAACCAGCGUGAUCCCCUUCUUAUUCAUCUACUACGGCGGAUACGACAUCGCGUUCACGCCUCUCAUUGUCUCCUACCCCGCUGAGAUCUGGACAUACUCGUUCCGCGCGAAGGGCCUGGCGCUGACGACCAUGAGCACGUAUCUGGCGCUGCUGUUUAAUCAGUUUGUGAAUCCGAUUGCGCUGGAGGCGAUUGCGUGGAAGUACUAUAUUGUGUAUAUUGUGUUGUUAGUGGGGAUCUUGGUCACGGUGGUUUAUGUUUAUCCCGAGACGAGGGGGUAUUCGUUGGAGGAGAUGGCGGUGGUGUUUGAUGGGGAUGGUGCGGUGCUUGGGGAGCGGAAGGGCGACGGUGGGGACGUGGAUGAGAAAGUCAAGCAAGGGGCGGAGCAUGUAGAGAAGGUGUCGAGGGAUUGA